UUAGUUUUGUUGUGCGGAAUUUUAGUGGUUUCACGUGGCAGUCAUAAUCCAAAUGACCUGAACAAUGAGAAUAUUGUUGUAAAGAUAUUACAGAGUUAAAACUGAGCUAUUAUUUGCAAAAGUAUGUCCUUCAACAUUACCUAAUGAAUACAGAGGUCGUGAUCGGUGGUUCAAUUUGUGAAAUUAUCCAAAGUUGAGGUGUUGACAUAAGCCCGGGGGUAUUGGAUUAUCCACAAGUUUUGCUACUGUUUAUGAUGAUUUGUUGCCGUAAAACAGCGGUACAAAUAUUUCGUCGUAAUAUUUGUUACGUUGCUGCCAGAAAUUUUGGAUUAGUCGGAAGCGAUCGCUUUUUGGAACCUGUAUUUCCAUCGAUUAAUCUUUCAAUAUCAAGAAAAAUGUCUAGUAAAAUCCGAGGAACGAAACGACUGGAAGGAACUGAUGAAAAUGUUUGGAAUGUCUAUACAAAGAUGGCAGCUGAUUUCAAGGCAGUCAAUGUCGGGCAAGGAUUUCCAGACUUCAGUCCUCCUAAUUAUGUGAAGGAAGCUCUUGCGAAUGCAACUGCCGGAGACAGGCAUAUUUUGAAUCAAUAUACUAGGGGUCAUGGUCAUCCAAGGCUUGUAAAUGCUAUAUCUAAGUUGUUUAGUCCUUUGAUGGGUCGAGAUAUUGAUCCCUUGAAUGAAGUAAUUGUAACAACUGGGGCAUAUGGUGCUUUAUUCUGCAGCUUUCAAGCGUUCAUUGAAGAUGGAGAUGAGGUUAUUAUCAUUGAACCGUUCUAUGACUGUUAUAAACCAAUGACAUUAAUGGCAGGAGGAGUUCCUAAAUAUGUAUCUUUGAGGCCUAAAGCUACUGAUGGUCAGUCAUCAAGCGCUGAUUGGGUUUUCGAUGAAAAAGAAUUGCGAUCUGCGUUCAACAGUAAAACAAAAGCAAUUGUUGUCAACAAUCCUCAUAAUCCGUUAGGAAAGCUGUACACAAGAGAGGAAUUGCAGAUGAUUGCUGAUUUAUGUAUUGAACAUGACGUUCUAUGUAUUAGUGAUGAAGUGUAUGAAUGGUUACAAUAUGAUGCCAAGCAUGUUAGAAUAGGAUCGCUACCUGGGAUGUGGGACAGAACUCUGACUAUUGGAAGUGCUGGAAAAACAUUUAGUGUUACUGGUUGGAAGAUUGGCUGGGCAAUGGGAGCUCCAGAGUUAAUAAAGCACUUGGUUACGGUUUGGCAGAACAGUGUAUUUCAUUGCAACACACCAGCCGCAGAAGCUGUUGCUAUAGGGAUAGAAAAAGAAAUGUCUCGUUUCGACUCUCCUGAUUGUUAUUUUACAUCAUUGCCAAGAGAAUUAAGAGAGAAACGUGAUCAAGUUGCAAAAUUAUUGUCUGAAGUUGGGAUGAAACCAAUUCUUCCGAACGGUGGAUAUUUCAUGCUAGCAGAUAUUUCGGGCAUAGAGGCAGACUUAUCUGGUGAAGAAGGAGAGACUAGGGAUGGAAAGUUUGUUAAAUGGAUGAUCAGAAAUAAGAAGUUGGCAACAAUCCCUGUCAGUGCUUUUUACAGUGCCUCACACAAAAAGAUGGGAGAAAAUUAUAUCAGAUUUUGUUUCUGCAAGAGUGAUGAAACUUUGAAUAGCAUGGCUGACAUUUUAAAACAGUGGUAAAAUAGGGAAACACUGCUUCAUUUCAACAAAGGUGGCAUAGGGUGUUACUAAAGAAACUCACUUCGCUAUGUAAUAAGAAUAUAUAUCUCUAUAAUAUGAACUUCUAUACCUUGUCUCUAUUUGCCUUUUACGAAUGAUAAGCUGGAACGUGA